CGUUGGUAUGGUUACAAAACGGCGUUGGGUAGAGACGUGGUGCAUCAUGGGAAACAGUUCAUUCGGAAUGUCGAUAGGAAGGAAACAAAUGUACACAACUUUCCAUUAAGCGCUACUAUAAAGAAAUCGCUCGACUAGUAAUGUCUGGCUGGUGGCUGCCGAACCCUCCAGCUUUUGCGUCCGAGGACUUCAGCUCGAGUCCUCUCAAGCUAAAUGAGAGGAAACAUGUUCACAUGUCGGAAUACCUGGUGGACGACGACGUCCUACCUGAGGACGACGACACGUACUCCUUGCUGUCCCCUAUCUACCAUGAUAGUUAUGAGAGUGAUGAAGAUGACGACCUCAGCACUACUCAACAACCGCUCAAAUGCGAGCUAGAGAAUCCCCCCUCAGAGCAAACCGAACCUGAAGCCCUCAGUCCAUGGGAAGUGUGGCUGGUAAACAAAGCAAAAGAAGACCAGCUUAAGAUGAAAAGGAAAACAGAGGAGGCGCUUUUACUCAAGGAAAAAAAAGAACAAGAAGAAAUAGAACGUAGACAGAAAAAGAUCAUGGAGGAAAAAAAGAUCAGAGACUGGCAGCAACUUAAAAGAGACCAGGAAAGACAUGAUCAGCUUCUGAAAAUGAGCAGAGAAGCAGCAGAGGCGCAGCGUCGACAGGAAAAACAAAGAGAGACUGAACAAAAAGCGCAACAGAGGUACAAAGACUGGCUGCAGAAAAAGAACCGAGAGAGGAUCGAAAAGGAAAUGAAGCAAAAAGAGGAAGCAAGUCUGAGGGAAGAGCAGGAGAAAGACCGCCGGAGGAAGGCCGAGGAGAAUUUCAAAGAAUGGCUGGCAAAAAACAACGAGAAAUGGAAAGCAAGUCCAAAACCACCUCAUUAUUCAAGUCCCUGCAGAUUCCACCCACCCCCCAGCUUUUACAAUCCGAUCCCAUGGAAGCCGAUUUACACGCCCCCUCUGGAAACAUCUCCCAAAAACACACCCAGCAAGAAGCCUCAGAAAACGAGAAAAGGACAGCACGGCAGAGCUUUUAGAAUCACAAAUCUGACACAAAAAUGACACAGUGAUAGCGCUUCAUCGCCACUCACAUGUAACUAAUCUUGGACCUUUUAAUUUCAAUAUGAGAUCACCACAUCACCACAAUUGUGACUUAUGAAAAGUAGUAGAAGGUUUUUUUCUUGGGGGGAGUGGGGCUUUUUUAAUGUUGGGGUU